AUGAAGUCUGUGGACGAAAAGGAUGUGAAGUUAUCGAUCAAGAAUAAAAUAAUAGAAAAAAUACAAAAAAACGCAGAGGAGUUCAGGGAAAAUGAGGCUGAUAACAGUGUGGACUUGGUUAAGAGUGACCCCCUUGGCCUGAAUGAACUGAUAAAAGCCAAUAAAAUACUAGAGAUAAAAUACAAUGAAACAUUUGAAUCCUUAACGAAAGUUAGGGAAAUAGUACUGCAGUUAUCGGAGCAGAUCCUGGAUAAGGAGUUUAGGGUAACGCAGCUGGAGAAGAAGCUGCACGAGUCUGAAAAGAAGAUAAAGAGCCAGAGAGAUGAUUUGAGGAUAUAUGAAGAGAAGUUUAAGGAGAUUUGGACGAAAACUAAAGAUGAGAAGGAGAUUUUAGAGAGCCAAAUUAAGCGACUGUGUGAGAUAAUAAAGGGAAAAGACUCUGAGAUACUGUUAAUCUCAACUGAAAAUUCAAGGCUUACAAUGGAGUUACGGGAUUCAAAGAAAAAGAAUAAGGAGUUGUUAGGUCAGCUGGACUUGACAUGUGAUAACUUAAGCUUGAUUAUAAAGGAGACUAACGAGAGGGAGAAGAUGUUGAACACUUUAGAGUCAGAGCUGAAGAGGAAGCAAGUCGAGAGGCAAGGACUCUACCUAAACGAGAUAAACAGGAACAAGAAGCUCUAUAUAAACAUAAAAGUGAAGGAGAACAUGAUGUCUCAAAUUAUCAAGGAUAAGAACAACCAGAUAGCUGCCCUCUCAAGUGAGGUUAAGGUUUUGAGAGAGAAGCUGGACAGGAUUUCCACUACUUUCAGUGAAGUUUCAAGUUCAACCACUAAACAAAAUAAAACGCUCGCAAUCACAAAUGACAAGAUCCAGUGCACGGUGUCGUCACCGUGUAACAUGAAAAUGGUCAAUGGAACUGCUAAAAUUAUUAUCUAA